AUGACGAACUGGGUUGCUGCGAAAGCGACCAGACUUUUCCUUCUCUUCCAUGUCCUUGUAGCUUCCCAUCCGGAUCUGGGAAAGCCAAGUAUAGUCUCAAAUUCUGCUGCGAGUAUUGAUUCUAAGGCAUACCGCAGGCGGCCACAAUUGGUGCCUCGUCGCGGACAUUAUCUCUUUACUCGGUGGCCCCUUUCUCCAGAGUAUCCCAACGCAGUAACGGGAGGAACGACUCCGAGUGUAGGUUCCUCGACAGGAGCAACGUAUAACGUACUGGACUAUGGCGCCGAUCCCACGGCAAAGCGCGAUUCGCACCAAGCAAUCCAGCACGCCAUCAAUGAUGCGCAGCAGCAACUCUGGAACGAGACGUCCGUGGCCGGCAACGUGGAAGUCUCUCUCGCUGGUGGCACCUAUCUCAUUUCAAGCUCCCUGUGGUUCCAACGCGCUCCGCGUGGGUUCACCGCGGGUCGGUUGUCGUUCAGAGACGGCGCACUCGUGGCAGGGUGGACGGACACCGAACAGCAGAAGUACCUCAUGCAGGGAAACUUCUACAGCGUGGACAUUGCCAAUUUGAAUCUGGACGCCCAGCAUCGUGGUGGCUGUGUGCACAUGUUUAGUCACCUACAGGUGACGGUGACGAACGUGUUCUUCAGCCAUUUCUCAACGGUGGGCCUUAGGACAGGGACAGGACAUGAGCUUCUCAUGGACACGUGCAAUUUCGAAGAAUACCCUUUUCGCGAUGACAAGUAUGGACUGAAUCACACGCUAACAGGGACGGCGUUGCAGGUGGGUUCGGGUGACAACGAAUUCUGGAACACGGUCAUCAAGUGCUGCAAGCUGGGCAUCUCCACGGAGGGGCUGAACACAUUCGCCGCCCUGCACCUGUGGCCGGACUGUGCCAACUUCACGCUGCCUUCUUUCUCCAUGGUCGUGGGACGCUCAACAAGAAUCUGGGGCUCGUACAUGGAUGGAUCGGGCGUUCUGGUUACCAACCCGUAUCAGGUCCAUAUAACGGACACUUGGUUCAAGGGACCCCAGGGUGGGGUGACCGUACAGGUCAACGGCUCACGAUCGGAUCCGACGGCCGACUCCACCGUCGAGGACGUCCGCAUCUGGGGCAACACGUUCCACUGCACCACGGAAGGUUGCCCACGCUUGCAAACACAGGCGUACCAACCCGGCAUGAAUCUAACCCUGCAGGAUGUUCAAAUCCGUGACAACUACUUCGACAACAACACCCAGAUUACUGGAACGUUUUGCGAGCAGUCCUUGAUAGGGAAUUUCACUGUAUUUGUGCUGGAUUUCAGAGAUCGUCUUCUCUUCCCAGUACCAAUCUGUACAUGUAUGGUGCAAUAUUCAUUUCAACUGCUGGAUGAUCCUGCCCAUGCUGGCACGAUCCAUCAUCACAUACUGCCCAGUCAGGGUUGGUCAGAUUUGCGAGUAGCGGUGAGAACGCAGCCGGGCGCUCCGGUGUACGGUCGAGUGACCGCAUCCGUGGACCAGUCUUCGUGCAUCGUAUAG